AUGGGCGCCUCCGCGCCCGUGCCCGCCCACGGUGGGUACCCUGGGAACAAAAAACGGGAAAAAAAGGGAAACCCCGUGGACGGACACGAAUACGUCACCCUCGAGGAGAUCAACCGCAUCGGCGACGAGUCCAUGCGCAUCCUGACCGACCUCGCCCAGGGACACUUCGAGCGGCGCCGGGGCCCUCCUCUCCACGCGCCCCAACAGACCUUCCGCCGUCGCCAGCAGCAGGCGUAUGGCGGGGAACAGCAGCAGCAGCAGCCACAGGAGCAGCAGUACCAGUACGCCCCUCAGCCCAGCUACGAGCAGGGCCAAGAGCUGUUCACGCAGAGCUACGCGACGCAGGGAGCCGAGGGGGAGUACGACCCCAGCACGGGCGCCGAGGGACACCCUUACCGCUUCAGCCUGACCGACGAGGUUCAGCGGGCAGGGCAGGGCGAUGCGGACAGCCACCAGCAGAAGCAGGAGAGACCCAAGGGCGGCUACAGCAGGCACAACCUCGGUUACCUGUAUCCGGGUGCCGAGGCCGAGGAGGACGUCGGGAGCCCAAGGACGAGCCAAGACGCCCCCCUCAAGAUGACCGAGGAGGACUUCCCUUACAAGUUCCACAAGGAGGACUAGGGUGGGAGGAGAGGGGGAGGGGGAGGCUUGCGGGGGCUGAGGGACUGGGAG